AUGUUGAGAAAAACCAAAUACACACAUAUGGUCUUCUUCUCUGGUCUUGUCUCUAGGCUUAAUAAUGGUGCUAAGACAACACAUUACGUCACCGUCGUUCGCCGUUCGAAUCACUCUUUUACUCCGGCCGCUGUAGCCACCGCGAUAGACGAACCAUUUGGCUCAAUCUCAUCUUCCCUAACUACGUCUCUGUCACCCGAAGACCGAAACAAAUUCUUAGCAACGCUGUUAUCAAACUGCAACAGCCUCGCUCGUGUCCGUCGGAUCCAUGGUGAUAUAUUCCGUUCUCGCAUCCUCGAUCAAGCUCGGAUCGCUUUCUUAUGGAACAACAUCAUGCGAUCCUACAUACGCCAUGACUCUCCUCUCGAUGCUGUUCAGGUGUACCUGGGUAUGGUGAGAUCAAAUGUUUCGCCUGAUCGAUAUACUUUUCCGAUCGUAAUCAAAGCCGCCGCUCAGAUUCACGACCUUCCGAUGGGAAAGCAGCUUCACUCCGUCGCCGUGAAGCUAGGGCUCGUCCGAGAUGAGUUCUGCGAGAGUGGGUUCAUAACGUUGUACUGCAAGGCAGGGAAAAUCAGGGACGCCCGUAACGUGUUCGACGAAAAUCCUGAGAGAAAGUUAGGGUCUUGGAACGCCGUCAUUGGAGGGCUUAACCAGGCCGCGCGAGCCAACGAGGCUGUUGAAAUGUUCGUCGAGAUGAAAAGAAGCGGUUUUGAGCCGGACGAUUUCACCAUGGUGAGUGUGACGUCAGCUUGUGGAAGCUUAGUUCGAAAUCCUUCUCAUGACUUUGUAAUAUUUUAUUGA